AUGCUUUUCAGGUCCCUGCUUGCACUUUGCGAACAUCCCAUUGGCUACAGCAAGCCACAUGGCGGAGCUAGCAUCAGAGGCGGGGGCACCGUGAAGACCACGAGUUUUUUUGAGAAAAAAAAUACUAUUUGGGAAUUCUUCACACCUUAUGAAGAUAAAUUAAAAGCAUAUUCCAUUGAGAUAAUUACUGAUAGGCAGUCUGGAAAGAAAAGAGGCUUUGGCUUUGUUACUUUUGAUGACCACGAUCCUGUUGAUAAAAUUGUAUUGCAGAAGUACCAUACCAUCAAUGGUCAUAAUGCUGAAGUGAGAAAGGCUUUGUCUCGACAAGAAAUGCGGGAAGUCCAAAGUUCUAGGAGUGGAAGAGGAGGGAACUUUGGAUUUGGAGAUUCACGUGGUGGCGGUGGAAAUUUUGGACCAGGACCAGGAAGUAACUUUAGAGGAGGAUCUGAUGGAUAUGGAAGUGGCCGUGGAUUUGGAGAUGGUUAUAAUGGGUAUGGAGGAGGACCUGGAGGAAAUUAUGGAAGUGGAAAUUACAAUGAUUUUGGAAAUUAUAACCAGCAACCUUCUAACUAUGGUCCAAUGAAGAGUGGAAACUUUGGUGGUAGCAGGAACAUGGGGGGACCAUAUGGUGGAGGAAACUAUGGUCCAGGAGGCAGUGGAGGAAGUGGGGGUUAUGGAGGGAGGAGCCAAUAUUAAGCUUCUUCCUAUUUGCCAUGGGCUUCACUGUAUAAAUAGGAGAGGAUGAGAGCCCAGAGGUAACAGAACAGCUUCAGGUUAUCAAAAUAACAAUGUUAAGGAAACUUAUCUCAGUCAUGCAUAAAUAUGCAGUGAUAUGGCAGAAGACACCAGAGCAGAUGCAGAGAGCCAUUUUGUGAAUGGAUUGGAUUAUUUAAUAACAUUACCUUACUGUGGAGGAAGGAUUGUAUAAAAAAAAAAAAA